UUAUAGCACAAAAAAAAUAAACUCAGUGGUGAUCAAAUACCACCAAAAAGACAGCUCUAUUUGUAGGAAAUUUAAUUUAUGUACAGUAUUGCAUGACCAGGCAAUUGUCAGUUAAAAUACCGGAGGACCGUAUAGGAAUAAAAAAUGGCCUGGGGCGGACUGACCAUUUGGAAACUCAGGCACUGCCCGAGGGCCCGGGAUGCCCCUGGUACCUUUUUCAUAGGCUUUUUUGAGUUUGGGCAAGGACACAGGGGCCCCAUGAUCCCCUAUUGCCCGAGGG